CCCCGGCCACUCGGGGGUGUAGCGUGCGGACGCGGGUGCACCGGGCAGUGCUCUCCCCGGAGACCGGAAAUGCGGCCGUCCGACCGUGGUGGUUCUGACCCAGGUUCCCGGGGUUGGAAGGCCAUGGGCUCUCUGUCUAGUCAGCCCGUGACGCUGCUUUGCUCUAAGAAAGUCGUGGAACUGUCAACAAGCAGAAGAGAUGUUGGCCUUUCUGUAACUGACUGCCCCCAGCCCUUCGUCGUGCCUAACCCGGGUGAAUGAGAAGGGAUACAGAAUAGUCAGUAGGGCUCCCCAGGGGAUUCGGUCUGGGAGUAGACUGGACUUGGUGCAUUUCUCGUUUGCUUUUGGUUUGGUGGUUCUGAGGGUGCAUCCAUAGCCUGGUACAAGCUAGGCAAGUGAGCUACAACUUCUGCCCCUCCCGCUCUUCUGCACCCGAGUCACCAGCAGCGGCUUUGACUUCGUGUCAGUGGACUAUGACCUUGGCUCAGCCACAACACUGUGCCCUAAUCCCAGACGCAGACUCUGACCUCCAAUCUUGCCCUACCUGUCUAGUGGGCACAAGGGCUGGCCCAGGUUUUACCGUGGUGCCUGAGCCUCCUAGACUUGUCUGUUUUCCUGCCUCCACUCCGUGAACUGUGGCGGCUAUACAGGGCUGCUCGGGUCACCUGAUGACACCCCGCUGGAGUUCUGGAGGAAGCUGAGCAGAGAUUGUGACCCAGCACUGGCCCGUGGAGAAGAAUACAGGUGGCCCCAGUGCACACUGCUACCCUCAGUGCCCAGCAUGUUGUUGGGUUCCCGGGUAGCUUUGACCUUGACAGUGUAGCAUGGCCAGACCUAGAUUUGAGGAUAAAGGCUCCAGAACCAGCUAUGAUAUGGUGCAUUAUGGUCACUCGAAUCAGCUGCGCCAGGCACGGGCCAUGGGGGACUACCUCAUCGUGGGUGUGCAUACCGAUGAGGAGAUUGCCAAGCAUAAGGGCCCCCCCGUGUUUACCCAGGAGGAGAGGUACAAGAUGGUACAGGCCAUCAAGUGGGUGGAUGAAGUGGUGCCCGCAGCUCCCUAUGUCACCACCCUGGAGACACUGGACAAGUUCAACUGUGACUUCUGUGUUCACGGCAAUGACAUCACGUUGACAGUAGAUGGCCGAGAUACCUAUGAGGAAGUGAAGCAGGCUGGGAGGUACAGAGAGUGCAAACGCACGCAGGGUGUGUCCACCACAGACCUCGUGGGCCGCAUGCUGCUGGUGACCAAGGCCCACCACAGCAGUCAGGAGAUGUCCUCCGAGUACCGGGAAUAUGCUGACAGCUUUGGCAAGCCCCCUCACCCGACACCUGCCGGGGACACACUUUCCUCAGAAGUCUCCUCCCAGUGCCCUGGGGGGCAGAGUCCCUGGACAGGGGUGUCCCAGUUUCUGCAGACAUCCCAGAAGAUCAUCCAGUUUGCUUCUGGGAAGGAGCCCCAGCCUGGGGAGACAGUCAUCUACGUGGCCGGUGCCUUUGACCUGUUCCACAUCGGGCACGUGGACUUCCUGGAGGAGGUGCACAAGCUGGCCAAGAGGCCCUACAUCAUCGCUGGCCUGCACUUUGACCAGGAAGUAAACCGAUACAAGGGCAAGAACUACCCCAUCAUGAACCUGCAUGAGCGGACUCUGAGCGUGCUGGCCUGCCGGUAUGUCUCAGAAGUGGUGAUUGGGGCACCGUACUCGGUGACAGCAGAGCUCCUGAGUCACUUCAAGGUGGACCUAGUAUGUCAUGGGAAGACAGAAAUUGUGCCAGACAGGGAUGGCUCUGACCCUUACCAGGAGCCCAAGAGAAGAGGAAUCUUCCGUCAGAUCGACAGUGGCAGCGACCUCACCACAGACCUGAUUGUGCAGAGGAUCAUCAAGAACAGGUUGGAGUACGAAGCACGGAAUCAGAAGAAGGAAGCCAAGGAAUUGGCCUUUCUGGAGGCCAUGAGGCACCAGGAGGCACAGCCUGCAGGGGAGACUGACUGACUUCUGACCUGGAGGAUGUCACUCAUGCCCUUGCUCUGCCCAUCUCUUCUCUCCCUACCCUGCUCUGCUUCUGUGUCUUGGUGUCAGCUCACACAAUUCCAAAGGAAGCUGGCCUUGCUGGAGGGUGCUGUUCUGCCGCCUGUGAGGCACCCACUGCCCAUCUUGCCACAGGCUCUGUUCUUUCCACUGAGCUGCUCAGAGAGGGUGGCCAGCACAGUGAAGCAGCCUAGCGGACAGGAGACUGGAGGAGUGUUGCUGUGUGUCCUUAGCGUCCACAGUUCCGACUGCCACUGCCCCAGUCUUAGCUGGGGAUGCCCCUCCUGCCUGACUGGAAGCUGCAAUCUGCCAGCCCAGCUUUGAUGAGAGGUACAGAGGGGGAUGAUUUUGGGGACCUCUUGUCCUGAAUCACCCUGCAAGUGGGCACCCUCUACUUUGGGGCACGUUCUAGCACCCCAUUCCUGAUUCCCAGAAGAUGUACUUCCCUGACGGCUGGGCCAACUUGAUUGUUCUCUGCACAGACUCCGUGGUCUGCAUUUCGUACCUCAGUGGCUGAUGUAAAUCUCUUUGGCUCAACUGAAUAAAGCCUAGCGGGGACGUGCCCUGCGGGCGCCUGGCCACAGAAAGA